AUGACGCCUAGUCUACAGGUGCAGGAAGAAAAUGAUCCACCCCACUGCUCCCUGGGCCAAAGUCCUGCGAUGCUCCACUUACACCUGGAUCUGCAGGUCAAGUUCGGGCCGUACCGCGGGCUGAGCGGCGCGGCGGUGCUGCAGCUGCGCUGCCUGUGCCCGGGCGCCUCCGAGCUGCGGCUCCACUCGCACCCGUGCCUCCGGUUGACGGCGGCCGAGCUGCGGCGGGAGCCGCCCGACUUCGAGGAGCCGUGCGCCCAGCCGGUGCUCCACACGCGAGACUUCCCGCACCGCGGCGCUUCCAGCAGCUGCUCCGCUUCGGUGUCGGGCGGGGAGGGCCCCGGGUUACCUGGUUGGCUCCUGAGGAGACAGCAGGGAAAGGAGAAGCCCUUUGUCUACAUCCAGGGCCAAGCUGUCCUGACCUGGGCUUUCUUCCCGUGCUUCGACAGCUCCUCAAUACUUGUGGAGGUCCCCGAUGGCUUCACAGCUGUGAUGAGUGCAUGGACCCGGGAGAAGACAGGUCCAAAUCAGUUCUUCUUCCCCUCCUAUCUGAUAGCCUUGGCUGUGGGAGACCUGGUUUCGGUGGAAGUUGGACCCAGGAGCCAGGUGUGGGCGGAGCCCUGCCUGAUUGAGGCCGCCAAGGAGGACAGCGGGGUGAUAGAAGAAUUCCUGGCAACAGGAGAGAAGCUUUUCGGAUCUUAUGUUUGGGGAAAGUAUGGUGUCACAUUAACUGAUGUGUGGGCUUCUCAUACCUGCUUGGAGGCUGCCACCGGGAGGGCCCUGAUGGGGCAGCACACGGAGAUCACGGGAGAGGACCACCCACUCAACACUCGAGUGAAGAUCGAGCCAGGUGUUAACCCAGAUGAUACGUACAACCAGACCCGCUAUGAGAAAGGCUUCUGCUUCGUCUCAUACCUGGCCCACUUGGCCUGUGUGGACGAGUUUAAAUUCCAGAGUAUCUUAGCCGAAGACUUUCUAGAAUUCUACUUGGACUAUUUCCCUGAGCUGAAGGAAAGGACAGUGGAUUCCAUUCCAGGUUUUGAGUUUGAUCGCUGGCUGGAUACCCCCAGCUGGCCCCCCUCUCCUCCUCUCUCCCCUGGGGACUCACUCCUGAAUCCAGCUGAAGAGCUGGCCCAGCUGUGGAUGACAGAGGUGGACAUGCAGGCCAUCAAAGCUGUGGCCGUCUCUGCCCGGGAGACGUCUUACCAGCUGACCUACUUCCUGGGUGAGAUCCUCCGGAAGUCUCCUCUCCCUCCAGGGAAUGUGACAAAACUCAGAGAGACAUAAGCAGCUAUCUCCAGUGCCCGGAAUGCAGAGCUCCAGCUCUGAUGGGGCCAGAUUGUCCUUAAGAACGACCACCAAGAGGACUUCUGGAAAGUAAAGGUGUUCCUGCAGAGCCAGGGGAAGCAGCAGACCCUGGCACUGUACCACACCGUGAUGGCCCAGAUCAUCACCAAGGAGACCAUUGGCUCUGCUUCCUCCCAGCUCCACAGCAACAUCGUCAAUUACAUCCAGCAGAUCCUAGAGCCCGAGGGCAGUUAGGGGCUCAUACACACUGCCCCUGCCUCUUCAGACUUGGAGGAUUUUGGAAUCAUUGUUCCCAACCUCCAUUCUGCAGUCACCAUCUCGAAGUGCCCGUCCCCACAGGACCGUCUGCUCUCUGGGCUCCAGUGUCUGAGACCCUCGGGCCUCUGCUCCAGCCCACCAAGUCCUGAAACUGGAAGUCCCUCCUACAGCCACCUUGGUACAGGCUGCUGGUGGUGUUGGGGACAGUUGGCCUCCUCCCUCCUUCUACUUAGGUCUCUGAGGAGAGGCAGAGACAGGUCUGUCUCUCUCUUUCUUUAAUAAAUGUUUUUAAGCAAAAACUAGGUAAA